AUGGCCCGGACCAGGGACGAACCCGCCGAGGAGGAAGACCAGGAGAUGGAGGAGGAGCUCGUUGCCCUGCAGUUUGACGAGCCGCUGUCAUGGCGCGCUGGCAAGCCAAUUGCCACGGGCGAGCUCCUGCGCCGCCUCGAGAAGCUGUCCCGCGAGCUCGUGGACAUGGACCAGGAAACAGUGGAGAAGGGUUCGCUCACCAAGGUCGCAAAGGAGUUGGCGUCCCAUAACCUGCUGGCGCAUAAGGAAGGAGGCGUCAAAGCAUAUGCUGCUUCUUGUUUGGUCGACAUUCUGAAGUUAUGCGCCCCAGAUGCACCCUUCACUCCAUCACAACUCAAGGAAAUAUUCGGCCUUUUCGUCAAAGUCAUACUACCCGCAUUGUGGGACCCUACCAAUGCCUACAAUACACAACAUAAAUACGUGCUCACGUCGCUUGCUGAAGUCAAGAGUAUUCUGCUCAUCAACGAGCUACCGAACGCCGAGGAUCUUCUGCUACAGCUGUUUUCGUCCUUCUUCGAUGGCAUAUCCGGCUCGUCCAAGUCCAGCACCGGGGAACAGGUUGCCAAAGACGUCGAGUUCCACAUGACAGAGAUCCUUAUUACUCUGGUCGACGAAGGUCCCAACCUACCACCUUCUGUUUUAGAUGUCAUUAUGGCCCAAUUCCUCCGUGCAGCGCCGCCGGGUGGGCCCCGGACGCGGGCCGACCUGACCGGAAACCAGACAACACUUCUGCCCAAGGAAGAGCCCGAAGCGUACGUCAUGGCCAAGACGGUCUGUAACUCCUGCCCCGAUAAGAUGGCUCGCUAUGUGAGCCAGUAUUUCAGCGAUGUCAUCAUGGACGCAUCUGGAAAGAGUGGAACGGCCAAUGGCCACCAACGAGACAAUGAGUCCGAUGACGACGACGCCCCCGCUGGACCUUCCGAAUCCGAUUUCAGAGAGCUUCGGAAAGCUCAUCUACUGCUGCGCGAGCUGUGGCGUGCUGCGCCGACGGUGUUGCAGAACGUGGUUCCGCAAGUAGAUGCUGAACUCUCCGCCGACAACGUCCACCUACGUCUGCUGGCCACCGAGACUCUGGGCGACAUGAUCUCCGGCAUCGGUGCCGCCGGGCCUCCGCCACCUCCUGUACUGGAUCCUGCUGCGUACCCCCCUGUCAAGUUGGGUGAUGAUACUCCUGAACGCCCCGACCAGAGCAUCUUGACGACGCCAAUUUCUCCACUUUCGUUUGCCCAAACCCAUACCCAAGCUUUCAACAACUUUGUUAGCCGGAAUAAGGACAAAUCAGCACUGAUUCGUGCCGCAUGGGCUACUGCAGCUGGUUAUAUCGUGUCCACCUCUGCUGGUGGCAUCGGCCUAAGUCGCGAGGAUGAGCAGUCAUUCACGGCUGGUCUCCAUGAGAGGCUGAACGACCCUGAUGAGAGAGUCAGGUUGGCUGCCGUCAAAGCCAUUGAAGUCUUCAGCUUGCGUGACGUCGUGGCGAAACUGGCCUCGAACGGUGGCGUGGAGAAGGAUGGUUCUAUCCUUGCAACUCUGGCAGAUCGUUGCCGUGACAAGAGACCGCCUAUCCGCGUUGAAGCCAUGGCUCUUCUGGCGAGGCUCUGGGCUGUUGCUAGCGGCGAACUCAAGGCUGGCAAUGAUGCCAUAACCUCUGCGUUCUCUGGUAUUCCAUCCUGCAUCUUCAAUGCAUUCUACGCGAACGAUCUUGAGCUGAACGUCCUGCUCGAACGUGUCACGUUUGAAUGCCUGAUCCCCCUAUCAUAUCCACCACCGCCCUCGAAGUCCUCGAAGUCUUCUCAAGUAAAUUCACAGUCCCAAGCGAACGGCGAUUCGGCCUACGAUCCUGACCGCAUCCGGGCCGAGCGUAUCCUUCUUCUGGUGAGAAGCUUGGACGAGAAGGCCAAGAAAGCGUUCUACGCCAUUCAGAUGAGACAGCACCAGUUCUCUCGUGUGCUCGACAAUUUCGUGAAGCAAUGCGAAGCGUACAACGGUGGUCUUCCGGAGAAGAACGGGGACAUCGUGAAGCAAAACCUGAAGAAAGUCAUCCAGUAUCUUUGCAACUACUUCCCUGACCCAUCCAAGGUAGAGACUGAUCUCCAUAACUUCGCCAUUCUCAAUGACAGGCGGUGCUACCAUCUUAUUCGUUUCAUCACCAGCAUUGAGAGCGAUUUCAAAACGAUGUACAGGGGAGUCAAAGAAUUCAACAAGCGUAUUCAGGGCACAUCGAAACCCCAUGUUCUCGACACCAUGCUCCCUCUCCUGUACCGCUCAGCUUACAUUAUGUUCAACAAGAGUCAUCUGCCGGCCUUUAUUGAUUAUUCCAAGAAUGACACGGAUGGACUUGGCGCAGCUGCGCAACAUAUCACGACGGAAAUCUCGCGGACGAAUCAAGAGCUUUUCAAGACACAUAUUGGACAGCUCUGCAAGGACCUAGUUGAAGCAGCACCCACAGCCAACAAACCUAACGAGCCUACAAUGGCCGAGACCCUGAAGGCUUGCUCUUCGUACUCCAGGAAAUAUCCUCAAGAACUCCCGCAAGACAAGAAAUUCACCCAAGCGCUGAUCAGCUAUGCCCUCUACGGGCAGCCUGCCAAAGCAGCUAAAUACGCCGUCAACAUUAUGAUGGCUCGGAAGGAUGACAAGAGCAUGGUGGCUGCUACCGAUCUCCUGCAACGGGUUGUCAAGGAUUGGGGCUACGACUCGCCGCAUUUCCUCAGCAAACUCGCCGCCGUCAGUCAGCUUGAGCUGCUUGCUCCUAAUGUGACUUCGGACUCCAACGAUAAGAUCAUUGACGUCGCGCUGAAGAACGUACUGCAGAAAGUGCGGACAGAAGCACGAGAGUCCAAUCCUGAAUGGGUUGACGAUGCUGAUCUCGACGAAGAAUGCUACGUAAAGUGUUGGGCCUUGCGGCUCGUGGUAAACAGACUUCGUGGAGCUAAGGAUUCCGAGGAGGUGACACAGUUGGCUCCGACUGUUUUCAAGCUUCUUCGGGCCUUGAUCAAGGACCAAGGAGAGCUUUGCAAAACCCAGGACACCCCUAAACCCCACAAGGCGCGCCUGCGACUCCUGGCUGGGCAGUUGGCGCUCAAGCUGUGUACAGAAAAACGGUUCGAACAGAUUUUCUCGCAUACCGAUUUCAACCGCUUGGCUCUCUUGACUCAGGACUUGAGUCACAACGUCCGCCGGGGAUUUGUCGAGAAACUCCAAAAGUACCUCAUCAGUGGGAAACUGCAUCCCAGAUUCUACACCAUCAUCUUCUUAACGGCGUUCGAGCCCGUUGCGAGCUUCAGGCUGCAGCUUGAGACAUGGAUUCGGUCAAGGGCUCGCUACUUUCGCGAGAACCGCAAAGAUUCGAAGGUGAUGGAGUCUAUCAUGGGCAGACUGAUCUCCUUACUUGCACAUCACCCUGACUAUGACACUGAAGUAGAGGGUCUGCUUGACCACGCCCGAUACAUACUCUACUAUGUCAGCAAUGUUGCUACGGAGCAGAACUUCGGAUUAAUUUUCAAAUACGCGGAGCGGGUGAAACAGACACUUGAUGGGAUCAAUCCAAGCCAAAGCGACAAUCUCUACGUCAUCAGCGACCUGGCACAAGCAGUGUUGAGAAAAUGGCAAGAACGUAAGGGCUGGAGUUUUCAAGCUUGGCCGGGCCAGUCGGGGCUUCCCAAGGGUUUGUACACGGCACUGCCCAGUCAUGAGGCUGCCCAGGCGAUUGCAGAGAAGCAAUAUCUUCCCGAGGGCGCUGAAGAUCAACUCGACAGUCUGCUCAAGUCAGUUGAGAAAAAGAAGAAGCGGAAGAGUAUUGAUGAACGUGGUGAUGGUCGGCCUGUGCAGAAGAAGGUCAGAACCAGUCUGUCAAGAGCUGCGCCAAAGGCCAAAACAGACAAAUCUACCAACGCCAAGCGUCCGGCCGUCAAAGCCAAAGCAUCAGCUAAGCCUAGAAAGCCAGCACGGUCCUCGCCUUUGCCCGAGUCCGGCGAUCGUCGGCGAAGCGGCCGAACCAGACAGGACUCUUCUUACAUCGAGAGAGAUUCGUCGGAUGACGAUGAUGACAUGCUGGAAGGUGUCGCCAAGUGGCAAUACUAUGAUGAAGAGGGUAAUCAGCUCGAAGCAGAUGAAGAGGAAGAAGACGACGGCCAGUCCGGUCUAUCUGAAGUAGAAGAAGAGGAAGCCGAGGCUGAGCCGAUGGACGAGGAUAAAUCUGAGCCGGAAGCUGCAGAAGCCCAGGAGAGCGAUGACGCACCCGAGGAGGAGCAAGUCGAGGUAGAGGCAGAGACAGAGGAAGCAGAGGAAGCAGAGGAGGAGGAGGCACCCGCACCCAGGUCUAGUGGCCGAAGAGGCAGAAGCCGUAGCGCAGCAGCGCCUGCUGCCAAACCCAAGGCUGCUGCUGUUGCUAAAACGGCUUCCAAACCGGCCGCCAAAGCUAGCGCGGCGAAGGGGAAGGCUGCGGCUCCUAAGGCGAAGGCGACUCCUGCUCCCGCUGCCUCCAGUAGGUCCACGAGGUCUAGGAGAGCUGCGCCAGACGCGUAUGAUGUCAGCGAAGGCUCAAGUUGA